AUGGAUGUGACGAAGGGUAUCAGCUAUGCCCUCUUUUCCACCAGCAUGGUAGUGGCCUUGUGUGGACUUGGUGGCACUGUUCUGAACAACAAGACCAUGCUCUUCAUAUACGGAAUGGUUCUGCUCAUACUGCUCUUAGGGUAUGUGAUAAUGUUGGUGACCUCGAUGGCUGUGUUUGGUUAUGCUGCUUCUGAUGUGAACGAGUUCUUGAAUACAACCAUGAAUAAUUACGAGGGAGAGGCUGGCUCAAAUUACCAGUCUAAAAGCUGGAACGUAGUGCAGCUUAAAUUCAAUGUAUGCGGCAUUUCAAACUACACUGACUGGAAGAAAUCCACCUUCUACGAAAAUGGCACACAGAUAUUGAAGUUGAAGGGAGGAAAAACUAAUACCACGCAAUCUAAUAUCACGCAAUUCUUCCCGUUGACCUGCUGCAAGGACAUCGAACAGUUUAUUACCGUGACCGACAUUAACAAAAACGCCGUUAAUGUCUCCAAAGUACCAUACGACUUCGCCGAAAAAUGCUACAAUAAAGCAUCACCGCAUGUAAACGAGAAAGGAGCACGUGAUGAUGUGAAAGGUCUGCUGAUUACCCUUCUGAUUUUAAGUCUUAUAGGAAUGCUGAUUGUCAUCGGAAUCCAAGUGUUCCUUGUAUGGGCUGCGUUCAAAGUUUAUAACAGUAUCUAA